AUGAAAUCUACCUCGAGCAGUAAUAAUGUUCGAUCAACAAAUUUAGUGCAUUCAUUGCGCCGAUCUCAUCACGAGUUCACCAGCAUGACAACGGUUAUUGCUCAAUCGCCAAGACAUGAGGAAUCAGAUGAUUCGCUUUAUCCGAUCGCCGUCCUCAUUGAUGAACUCCGUAAUGAAGAUGUACAUUUGCGACUGAACAGCAUUCGAAAACUCUCAACAAUUGCGCUAGCUCUAGGUGUUGAACGGACCCGAAACGAGCUCAUUCAGUUCUUGACAGACACAAUAUACGAUGAAGAUGAAGUUUUGCUCAUUCUAGCAGAUCAGCUCGGAAAUUUCACACCUUUGGUAGGUGGUCCUGACUAUGUUCACUGCUUGCUUCCACCUCUCGAGAAUUUAGCUACAGUUGAAGAAACUGUUGUUAGGGAUAAAGCAGUGGAGAGUUUGAGAAAAAUUGCAGAUAAGCAUAGCACUGCCGCCUUAGAAGAACACUUUAUUCCUAUGCUCAAACGGUUGGCAACAGGCGAUUGGUUUACUUCUCGUACUUCCGCAUGCGGACUUUUCAGUGUUGCUUAUCCACGCGUGAGUCCUGCCAUCAAAGCAGAAUUAAGAAGCCUCUUUCGGCAGAUGUGUCGAGACGACACUCCAAUGGUUCGCCGAGCGGCUGCGGCAAAAUUAGGAGAUUUUGCAAAGGUUUUUGAACGAGACUAUCUUGUAGACGAGCUGCACGCUAUGUUCUGCGAUUUAGCAGUCGAUGAGCAGGAUUCCGUUCGCCUCUUAGCCGUUGAAGGGUGCAUAGCCAUGGCUGGUCUUUUAUCUGAGGACAGUCGUCGUGAUCUUGUUCGCCCCGUUCUGAGCGGUUUGAUCGACGACAAGAGUUGGCGUGUAAGAUUCAUGGUCGCAGAGAAGCUCACCGAGAUACAAGAUGCCAUUGGAGAAGAAAUGACUAUGACAGAGCUUCUACCCGCAUUCACAAAUCUUCUCAAGGAUCCAGAGGGUGAAGUUCGCGGUGCAGCUGCACAGAAGCUAAACACAUUCUGUACCAAUCUGAAGAAGAGUGCUAGGGAGUCUGCUAUUUUAAACAAUGUGUUGCCAGUUGUCAAGGAGUUAGUUACUGAUCCAAAUCAGCAUGUAAAAACUGAGCUCGCCGGUGUAAUUAUGGGUUUGGCGCCAUUAGUGGGAAAGGAAAACACGAUAUCACAAUUGCUGCCUAUUUAUAUGCAGUUGCUGAAGGACAGUACUGCUGAAGUGCGCCUUAAUAUUAUAAGUAGCCUUGAUAAGGUAAAUGAUGUCAUCGGAGCUUCGCAGCUUUCACAAUCACUCCUACCAGCUAUAGUAGAGCUUGCUGAAGAUGGUAAAUGGCGUGUGCGACUAGCUAUUGUUCAGUUCAUGCCUCUUCUUGCGGCGCAACUGGGUCAACAGUUCUUCGACGAUAAAAUGCUUCCACUUUGCCUCAACUGGCUUUGCGACCACGUUUAUGCUAUUCGUGAAGCUGCCACGAUGAUCCUCACCGAGCUUGCUGAAAAAUUCGGUGGCGAAUGGGCCACAAAAAAUAUCAUGCCAAAAGUGCUAACGCUAUCUAAGGACCUCAAUUAUCUGCACCGUAUGACAUGUCUCUUCUGCCUUAAUUCACUUGCUGGCGCUGUUGGAUCAGAGCAGACAGCCAAGGAGAUAAUGCCGGUUAUUAAAGAGCUCAGCGAGGAUAAUGUUCCUAAUGUACGUUUCAAUGUGGCCAAGGGACUCUUGAAAAUUGGAAAAGUUGUUGACGCAAGCGUCCUUCAAAACGAAAUUAAGACGAUCUUGAAUAAUCUGUCGAACGACGCUGACUUCGACGUCCGUUACUUUGCCGAAGAAACGAAAAAUGGACUGGGAUUGCAUUAG